AUGGAGAGCGAUGUGGAAGAAUCCAUGCGAAAGAGGCAACGAAAAAACUCUUUUUCCGGCGAAUUCUCUCGCAAGCAGUUUGAACAAUACGCGGAACGGCCAUAUGGAGCUAUGGGGGAUGCGAAUUUUAUACAAGACGAUGAUAAUCGGUUGGAGAAUACACGAGCCAAAUUCGGAAGUUUGCUUAAAAGACAUGGAGAUUUGGCAGAGCGUAUUUCUAGGGAUUCUGACAAGAUAGCAUUUGACCGUCUACAGAAAGAAUUUGAAGCUGCACGAGCUUCUCAAACUGAAGAAAAAUAUUUAGAUGGGGAGCAGUGGAAUGAUGGUCUACUAGCUACAAUAAGAGAGCAGGUGCAUAUAGAGACAGACAGAAAAGCAAUAUCUGGGGACACUGACGUAUUAACAAGCCCUCAGGAAAAAAUUACUUACAAAACUGGAAACAAGGUAAUUUGCUGUUUGGAAGGGGCGAGAAUUGGCAUACAGUAUGAGACAUCUUUUGCUGGUGAACCUUGUGAUUUUUACCACUGUGUACUGGAGAGCAAGUCAUUUCUUGAAAAGAUGACUGUCCUUGAGCACACACUUCCAUAUUUCUUGCCUAUACACGAAAUAGAAAAAGAUCUCCUUUCAUCCAAUGCUAUGAAAUUCAUAGAUCAUGUUGGAGAUCUAUUGCAGGCAUACGUGGAUAGACGGGAACAGGUCAAACUUAUAAAGGAACUUUAUGGAAAUCAAAUUGGAGAGCUGUAUCAUAGCCUUCCUCAUCACAUGAUCGAGUUUGUAUUGGAAGAUUUUGAUUGCAAAGUGACAGUCAGCCUUCGAUACACGGAUCUCAUUUCGGUGCUUCCAACGCGAGUUACAGUGCUAGCCUGGCCAAUGUUGAAGAAAAAUUCAACUUCAACUUUGAACCGGAUGGAAGAUGGAGUCUCGGGAAGUCAUCCUCUCCCAAUUCGACUAUCCUAUGCAGAAGAUGCCCUACGGACUAUCAGUCUACCAGAAGCAUAUGCAGAAAUUGUAUUGAAUCUUCCACAAGCGCUUCAGCAGAUGUACCAUUAA